GUGUGUGAGUUGUUUAACACCCCCUAGAGUGUCGAGGCUGGUUUAUACCUGCUUUCCAACAAACCUCGAGGAGGCUGGUAGGUUCGGGAGGCAGCCAUAACAGUAGAAAAUUCCUCAGAAACCGUAAGCUGAAGAAAAUCUACGAAAUCUACGGUGUACACUGUACACUCCACAAAGGUGUACAUACGAUCUAAAGAAGUAACACUUGAGUGUCAAGAGUGUUUUUGCUUGAAACAGGUGUAGUUUACACCUCUAGUUUGGCAGGAGACAACAAGAUAGACAUUGAUAAACGUGUUGUAAAAAAACAUGGCGGAAGAAAAGUAUAAAAGUGAUUUUUAACAGUGAACCAAGUGACUAAAAGUGAUUCCAUUACAAACUAUAGUGAUUUGGUCAAAGCUUGGACCGUGAGGGGUGGCCCAUUAUGGAUCAGGGGGGCCCAGGGGACGAGGGCCAGGCUCAAAAUUUAGAAAAUGAUGAAGAAAUUCUAACAGCUGUAGAAAUCGAUAAUUGUGUCUCAACAGAGAAUGCGCAAAAUUUAACACCAGCUGCGCAUGCGCAGGAUUUACAAGCUGUCAUAGCGGCAGCUGGGGAAAUUCGAGGGGGAGGAGGGGGGGAAAUCCAGCGGCGUGUAGUGGUUGUGGGUAAUAUUGCGCACCUGGUCGAGCUAUCGGCGGCGGGGAUUGAACCGGUGGAACCGACGGAUAUCCCGGACACAAUUCAACCAUCAGAAGACUACGACCCAAGGGUCAAGCAAGAGCUACUUCCGCACAGUGUAGUCGAACUUCAACAAACUGACUCUGAACAAGUUAUUGACCCAUCGCCCACGCCGCCGAUUGACGAAGAGCCUGCCGGCCAACCUGGACCACUAGACGACGAAUCCGCCGAAAAUUCUGAGACCAUGAUUGACACAUCAGAUUUUCGAAUGUCGGAGCCGACCUACCAAACGUUAUCCUCUGUUAAUGGAAGAAUGACACCUCCUGGUUAUCUCAGUACUCCACAGGGGCACCACUACGCCACCCUUACCCCCCUCCAGCCUAUGACACCCCUGCCUCCCAUUUCUUCCCUCCAGAUGGGGGAGAAGUUUGGAUAUCCUGUUUCCUCCCCCAAUGUCUCUGGAACCUUCACAGUUAUGCAGAACAACUCCCUCGCCCAGAUAUCCCUCUCCUCCCCCUACAGCUACGACAGUAAGCUGGUCAGCAUGGGAAUGUCCCCUCCCCACUACUCCCAGAAUAACCAUAUGAUUCAUCACAUGUCCCAGCACUCCCCCACCCUCUCCCCUCAACCCUACUCCCAAAAUGGACUCCACUCCCCUCAUAAACCAAUCUCCCCAAACCCUUAUGAUUACAGAAGCAAUCUUGACCCUCAGUCCCCUCAUGAUUUGUCCCCAAACUCUGGAGACAAUGAGAGGUCCCCGACCUCUGACGUGAACACAACCUACUCCUCCUCCAUCUACACCACCACCCCUUUAACCUCCACCAACAACCCCAGCCUCAACGGCAUGGCCUCCAUCUCCCCUCACACCAUCUCCCCUCACCCUUCUCCAUCUUUACACCACAGAGACCUUUCUCCACCUUCCCCUCAAUCCCUUCCCCACCCUUCCCCCAUCCUUCCUCCCACAACCAUCCUUCACCACAGCCUUCCACAACAUCAAUCCAUGAAAUCCCCCAACUCUACCACAUCAUCCUCUGGAGAAAUUGAAGAAAUCAACACCAAAGAAUUGGCGCAGAGAAUAUCAGCUGAAUUAAAACGUUAUUCAAUCCCUCAAGCUAUAUUUGCCCAAAGAGUCCUGUGUAGGUCCCAGGGAACCCUAUCCGAUCUAUUGAGGAACCCCAAGCCAUGGUCCAAGCUAAAAUCAGGCAGAGAAACAUUUAGACGAAUGUUUAAAUGGCUUCAAGAGCCUGAGUUUCAAAGGAUGAGUGCUCUUCGUCUUGCUGUUUCGCUGUCCGAGUCCUCCCUACAGGGCGGCAAUAAAAUUAUGCAACAAUCGGCGGCAGAGAAAGAUCGUGGUCGUUCAGGUUUACUCACGAACUCGUGCAAGAGGAAAGACGUUAUGGAGCUGGUAGACACCACGCACUCGCCGGCCCAGGGGGGGCAGGCAUCCAAGAAGCCCCGCUUGGUUUUUACGGAUCUCCAACGCCGUACCCUACAGGCUAUUUUUAAGGAAACCAAAAGGCCCUCAAAAGAAAUGCAGAUUACUAUUGCUCGCCAGCUUGGUCUUGACUCAAGUACUGUCUCAAACUUUUUCAUGAAUGCCCGCCGACGAUCAAUCGACAAAUGGCGGGAAGACGCACCAAAUCAAACUAUUUCAUUAACCUCCGGCGGUAUAAAUCGAACUAUCUUUGUGACCUCCAGCGGUACUCCAGCAACGGUUCUAACCGGUACUCCGGCCACAAUCCUUCAGCAGCUCAGUCAAUCCGACCUUUCUCCAUCCAUAGCUGGUCAACUUGAUUUAUGACAGGGGGACGGUGUGGGGGCUUCCACUGCCUCCCACACCGUCUAUAUCAUUCCCAGGGACCGACUUGUCGCCGCAGGCGGAACCUUAACCCUGUCCACCCCGUCCGGUACACAUCACCUCACCAUUGAUGAGGAUGAACUCCUUGAUGGUGAUGUUAUGGAUGAUGAUGAUGAUGAAAUUUUGGAAACUGAAGAGGUGCUUGAUGAUGAUGAUUGUCUGGACCGAUCUCCAGAUUAAAUCCCAGGAGCUAGACCCCUCUCUCCCUCUGUACACUAUAUAUACAAAAGUAACCUAGUCACAAAUACCAAAAACUCAUGCGUUAAAACUCGAACAUAUUUCACGAACAGAAAGUGAAGAAUUUGGAAUAAAAAUCCUGAAUUUUAGUCAGAAACCUGAAACCAAAAAAAAUCUAGUUUAAACCCUACCAAAUGCUAAAUAUGUAACUAUAAAAAUGUAAAAAAUAUUGCCAAACAACAUAAUUUAGUCAUCCCUUUUGGUCAGACAGAAAACAUUAUCUCUGUCGUAACUUUUUUAGUCUUAUAAUUAUAUAUAGUCAUUUUGGGAACCUAUGUGCACUCUUCUUUAGUUAUAAUAAUUCUGUGAUAAAAUUGAAUUUGUGCAUUUUAUAAUUUUUUCUUUCAUACUUUUCUUUUUUCUCCAACCUUUAUACAUUCCGAUAUAUUCAUUUCCAAUUAGAAUGAAAAUGAAUUUUUGCACAUUUUUAGGUUAUAAGAUUUUUUGAAUGUUUCACUUAUCAGAGAAAUGUUAUUAUUAUUAUUAUUAUCAUUCUUAUAAACUAGUCAUUUUAACAGUUUUUAGUCACUUGUCGGCCGUUAGAAAAGUCACACAAAAACAAUGUGACCGAUUUUGAGAUCUCAUCGUUUUUUGUCGUAACCAUGUAUUUUUUGUCUAAACUAAACCAAACCAAAAAAAACCGAUUUGCAAUAAAAGCCUAUUUUUCGUAAAGUUAGACUCAUCAUGCCUUAUUAUAAAAUCAUAUUUAGGAUAAUUCUUGUUCUCACUGUAAUGUGUAUAUAUAUAAACAUAUAUAUACAAAACAUCUAUCUAUCUAUGUUACUUUUUCCAGUGUAUAAAAUAUCCCGUGUGGAGAUUAAUUUGGUCCAAAAAAAUCUGCAAAGCAAAUAGUUGUAAAAAGUCACAUAUCAAGCAUUCAACAUUUUGGGGGAUUUUUUUACCUUUUUAUUCUAGAUUUUUAAAUUUCCGUUGAUUUUGUCAAAACCAUGUAAAGCAUAACAACACUGAAAAUGUAGCAUAACUUGUUAUAAAUAUGAAUAUAUUUGUUCAAAAUAAUUGGUGAAUUAUGAUUCAAUUGCAAAUAAAUGUAAUAAAUA